CUGGUUGGCAUAGCUCUCCUUGUUACAUCUCCGGUUCAGAGAGAUGGAAGCAUGGUUAUUAUCAAAACAUUAAAAAUCUUUUACCCAAAUGUUUCUGUUUUUUCCAGGUCAAUCUGCUGUCCAGAUCAACCAAACCAAUGAUGCGAACAGAGCUACUGUGACUUUCAGACGAGCCCCUUCACCAGGAAGCAUUCGAAUUGGACCCAAUCUGUCAGGCAGAUUUGAAGUCCAAGAUGCAGAAACGGCUUACGAAGAAGUCAGGGAGAUUGGCGACCAUGCAACAUCGACAGCCGAUAAUCAUAACGUCAUAGCCCAUACAUAUGCUGAGACGAGGCUGUCUUUGGCUGAAAGGGAAGAUGAAGCCCCAAGCCAUCCCCCACCGCCUCGUGGGAUUUUUAACCAACCACCUCAUUGGAUGUGGCAAUGAGCACUACGUCAGAGGCCCUUUUCGAAACCACGGCUUCGGCUUUGGAUUCGGCUCGUGCUAGCUUGGCCCUGCUUUGAUAAUAUUGUGCAUGCUUGAGUAUGCGCUCAGGGCUUCAGACGAGCCUAAUCAGUGAUUUCGAGACCUCAGAUUUAGAGUUUUGAGGUUUCGAAAUCA